AUGGGGCUGCUCCCAAAAGCGCUACUGCUGGCCUUGACACCCCCAGCAACGAGAGCAGGCCACCACGCCUACGACGCGCUGGCCUGCGCCGCUUCCGCGCCCUGGUGCGUCGUCGCGGACGCGAAGCGGGACCAGGUGCUCGUGCUGGACCUCGAGAGCAAAGCGCUCGCGGCCGUCUGGGGCCAGGGUACUGCGGGCGCGGGCUCCGUCUGGGCCGCCGGGCUCGACGAGCCGCGGAGCCUCGCCGUGAUAAGGGACGAUCAAUUAAUUUUGGUCGGGCAGCGCGGCGGGCUCGCGGCGCUCCGCACGAGCACGCUCGACGUCUCUUCUCUAAACUGCGGCUGGCACCGGGACUGGGGCGCGCCGGUCUCGCUGGCCGUCGACGCGCGGGGCGGCGCCGUGCGCGGGCGCAAGGCGGGCACGCUCGUGGCCUACGCGCUCUGGGCCGACGGGCGCGCGCGGUCCUGCGACCUCGACGCGAACGGCCGCGUCGUCGACGCCCGGGACGCGGUCGCCUUCGACGCCGUGGACAAGCCGCGCGCGCGGACCCUCGCGUUCGACGCCGGCCGCGGCGAGCUCUACGUCGGCGCGCACGGCCGGCUCCUCGUGGCGGACCCCAAAGUCAUAGGAAGCGGCGUGCCCGUCGCGUCGACGGCCGUCGACGCGCCGGGGCGGCUCUUCUUCGACGCGGUCGCGUGGCGGGGCCCCGACCACGGCGCGGCGCUCGAUGGGGAUAACGGCGACGACGUCCGCGCCGCGAGCGGCUCGCUCGCGGCGUACGACGCCGGCCGCGGCGCGCUCUGGGCGCGGCCGGACGCCGACAGUGACUUCGUGGCCGUCGUCAGCGGCAGCGCGCCGUUCAAGCGCGGGGCAGCAGCGGCAAAUCUCGUCGCGCGCGACGACGCCGCCUGCUCGCUCGUCGUCCUCGACGGCGCGACGGUCCACUGCGUCUCGAGCGACCGCGAGGUGGCGACCGUGGUCGAGCUGCCGUCGGGCGACGUGCCGCGGUGCGAGCGCGCGGCGUGCCUUCCGUGGCCGGCGACCUUCCCGCCCAAGCCCACGGCGGCGCCCGUGACCUACGCGCCGUCGUCCGCACCGUCGCGGCGGCCGACCUACGCGCCGACGCCCGACCCGACGGCCGUCACGACCGCGCCCUUUGCCGCGUCGGCUCCUUCUGACGCGGCCUGGUGGGGCCUCGCGUACCGCUUCGCGCCGCCCGUCCUGUCGGGCGGCGUGCUCGGGCUGGUCCUCUACCUGGUCGUGCGGCGCUGCCGCGGCGGCAACAAACCCGUCGGGAAGGGCGGCUACGCGCGCGCGAAGUCGGCCGAGGACGACUCCCUCGACGACGAGGACCUCUCGGACGCGGACUUUGAGAGCGUCGUGCGGUCCACGGAGCUGCGGGCUUUUGUUUAAUUUUGCUGUUGUUUGUUGUCUUUGUCUUGCUUUGCUUUGCUUUGCUUAGAGCUAGGCCGCCUAGCCACCCGGCCGCCGCGGGGUCGCGUGAACGCCCGCCCCCCCCCCCCGCCCUCGUACGCCGUCGCCCCAGUGUUAGCUCGGAGGCGACGACGGUGA